UCCAUUGUGGGGACUACACAGUAGUAGUGCUCCUGGUUUUGACUUGUUUGCUGCUCGCGAGUACGCCUCACUUGCUCGUUUUGGAGACAACUCUGCUAAGAGACCCGAACGAGUUGCUCAGUCCGAGUUGUGGCCUCUGCCAGAGAAGAUAGAUAAGCGUGUAGAGAAGAUACGUUAUCCGAGCAGUUUCAGGGGUCUGAUUUCUGUGAUCACUUCUGUACAGGAGGGGAUUGAGGCAGCGUACUGCGGGCUGGGCAUGACGUCACGCUGUGAGUGCGCUACAUGUCGACUUCUGGUUAGCCUGCUGAUACUCUAACUGCUCCUGCUUAUUCUUCUUGUUGUAUUGGGUGCGUGCGUGUGUGCAUGCGUGCUUUUGUGUCAAUGCAUCAGGCGGCAGUAUUUCAUUGUGAAUAAUUUUGCAAUUCGUGGUGAUGCCUCACACUCAUGCUUCAUGUGCUUACUACCUUCUCCUGCUGUCUCCCAGCAGAGGUUAAAAGUGACCUAGUCGAAUAUUACCCAUGAAAAUAAACAAAGGGUUCGUGUAAAGUGAAGACGGGUGGUCACUUCAUUCAGCCCAAGGGAGUUUCUGAACAAGAGAGAGAGAGAGAGAGAUUUUUAGCCAUGUUAAUCUCAUUAGUCGCCUGAGGAAUUUGAUCCGUUUGAUCCGAGCAAUCUUGAGCUCUCAAGUGCCGCAUCAUGGAUCCAAAGAAGUUCUCCUUUGUGGGUCCUUCUUGUGGCCAUCAUGCCUCUUAUUCGUUCUUCAAAGCCAUAAAAUAUCAGAAGAAUGGCAAACAAAAGAUUUUAUCACUAGGUGAAUUCUUUUUCGUGAAAAUCUGGAAUGAUUCAGAUAUUGUGAGCAUAGGUGAACUCCAAUUACUGUGGGAAGACAGAAAUACAAAUCAAGUGCUCUCCAGUUUACGUCUGUAUUUCCUACCCGAGUACACGCCAGAAGGGAGAUUGGAUUCGCAUGGAGAGGACGAAGUUGUUGCUGUGUCAGAAAAGGCUGUUCUACGGGUGAACGAUCUGCUGGAUUGGAUUGCAGAUCCCAAAGAAGUGACGUGGGACCGAGGUCUACGAGGAAUCUGUUCCGAGGACUGUAAGGCCCCAGAAGGAGCUCCGGUUCAAUAUGAUGUGGGACUCAAUUCCAAAUUCUCACCUGGGCAUUCCGAAUUCCUGAACGAUGUCAGACAAGAAAAGAUUGCCAUAGGAGAUGUACCUGAUAUCGAUGACUUGGGUGUGAACAUCCUAAGCAUCCCACAAUACGGCCGGUAUCGAUCGAUCCUGAAGCGGAUUGCGGGAAGGGAGAAAGAGUUUAUGCAGAAUUCGCUCAUAGCUGCCCUCGGGGGAUUCACCGUUCCCACCCGGCGAACUUUUGUGCUCUUUUGCCGUGAUGUGUUUGAUUAUGCCGAGCUGGAAGAGCACCCUUACUUAUGUAACCACUUGGCUCCUAAAUUGAAAGGCAGGCCAAGGAAGAAGAAAAAGAUCAAGCGGGCAGGUUCUCCAGAAUCCGAGUCAGCAAGCUCUGAGUCUUCUGUGUCAACCUCGGUUUCGGUAUCGUCGAAGAAUUCCAACUUGAAGAAUGGCGUGAAGAAGGAUCUAAUAUCCAUUUUAAGUCAGAAGAACACCAAGGAUGAAUUAGAUUUCCUUCAAAAAUUGAUUUCCUUCAUGGACCGACGAAAUACACCUAUAGAGCGUCCGCCAAUGCUUGGGUUCAAACAAAUUGAUUUGCAUUUGUUCUUCCUGAAAGUCGAAAAACUGGGAGGUUACGAAGGCUGCAUGAACAAGAAAUCUUGGAAGGCUAUUUAUGACGAGUUGGGUGGAAAUCCUCAAAAUACGAGCGCGGCCACGUGCACACGAAGGCAUUAUGAGAAGUUUCUACUCCCUCUUGAGAAGCACAUGAGAGCCAAAGCUAAAGGGGGAAAGAAAGCCAACCAAGAUUCUAUCUCGUCGAAUGACGCUAGUGAUAAGGAGAGCAAGUCUCCAAUUGCGUUACAAGACAUGGACAAGAGUUCCAGGACAACCUCUCCCGAAGAAAAAGACAAAUUCAAGACGGAAGAGGAAAUGGAAGACAUUCGUAAUAGGUCGGAAGAGGGAGAAGAUCUAUCUAUGCCAAAUACGAGCGAGUCUGAGGUUAAACAUCCCAUGAUGUCCUCGACGCCCACUCUUACAAGCGAGGUCACCAACAUGAAGAACCAUGAUGGAUACCCACUUAUGUCAGCCAGUAUUCAGUCUUUGGUGGAUAACAAGAGCAAGGUGGAUUCCGAUGGAAAACGUCUCCAAAUCGACGACUUGAUCAUCAUUCCCAACAAUUUGGGUGGAGGCAUGCCUGAAGGCGGCUCGGCACUCCAGAAUCUGGCUAAGAUUGCCAGUCGCUAUCAGAAUACCAAGGAAGGCAACGGAAACCGUGUCAGCGAAGGCGACAGAUCGUCGCCCAAGAGACCACGAAUGGAUGAUCCCAAGUCCAUUUCUGCUACCCAAGCUAUCCCAGCUUCGAAGAAAACUGGGUCCAGUCUGCCGUCCGCUGCCAGCACAGGAGCGGCAAAUACCCCUACUUCAGUAGCUGCUGCCGCAGCUGCAGCCAACAAUUUCUUUUCCUUGUUACCCCCUGGCUUAUUGCCUCCUUGGUCUGGUAUUCAAGGUUUACCAGGAACACCUGGAACAUCUUCACCUAAGGGGGCUUCUUCUCCCAUUCCGUCUGGCAAAGUGACUCCCUCGAGUUCGGCGACAAGUGGGACAAGCGCUGUGAAUGCCUUAGCAGCGGGAUUUCCAACAGGAUUUCCGUUCCCAGAUCCGUCCAAGCUUGGACCCGAGGGUUACCAUUUGUUGCAGUUGUACGAGAGACAACUUAAAGCAACUGCAGCCCAGCAACAGACCUCGCUAAAAGCCACCAAUUCGCCAGCAUCGUCGAAAACCAAUGGAAAAGAACCUUCUAACAGCCAGUCAAACAAUUCAACGGGAAUUGCGGUAGGCUCAAGCUCUAAGAAGGAAACCAAGGAGAGAGACAGGAGCAAAGUAUGUAAACCGCCCCCAGACAAUAAGCGUCCUCCAAGCCUCAUGCAAACUCCUUGCGCAUUUAUGCAGACCUCAACUUUUUACACGAAUCCUUUGGCUGAGAUUACCAGGUUAAAGGAGGCCGAAAAAGCGAAAGCUUCGAGUGGAAGAACAAUGGUGUCUGGUCCCGAAGAUGAUGUGCUGGAUCUCUCAUCCGGGUCUAGUUUGCCUAAACGUGCUAAAAUUGAGAGUCCGUUCUAUGGGAUGAAAAUGGAGGGAACUUCGCCAGCCCCCAUGGGUAUUGCCCCAACCUUGGACCUCUCGUAUAAGAGAGAGAAUAAUGUCAAACCUGAGAUGAAGGCUUCGCCAUUCUCGGCUGAAGCGUUAUUGAGCAAGCCGACAAACUCAAAGCCUCUUCAUCCAUCAGCUUCAGGAUCAUCGGGUAGUUCUUCUCACCGACCGUCAUCAAUCCCGCCCCACACGGAUCUAGUCAAAAUUGCUCCAAUGUCCAGUUUGACGGCCAAGAAUGACGGACACUCCGGCUCUUCAUCGAGAGCCAGUCCGUUUGGGGGUCAACACACCCUUCGAGCCAGCCCCGCCUCCUCUCUCUACUCGUCCUCACCCGUCGAAAAGUCGCCUUCGGCCAGAGCCAGUCCUUGGCACACGCCUGUUAGUCACUCGAGUCCGUCUGGAGUACCAAAGGAUCCCAAACCAGCCAUUCCAGUUAGCCCAGUGGUGCGGGACGAGUAUAAGAAGGCUGACAUGGGCCAUCUCGGAUUGCCUCCCGGGCUGGCGUCUUUGUUUCCACCAUCCUCUCUUGCCACCUCAACCCCUAUGUCCCUGGCACUCCAAACGUCAAUUGCCAACUCAUAUUCACCACACACCUCAAUGGCAGGUUCAAACCCUUACUUGGCAUUACUAAGCCAAAGCCAUUCGACUUUAGGGAAGUCACAUUCUCAGUCGGCCGCAUCUGGCGCGGCAGCGGCCGCCGCUGCAGCUGUCGCAGGUUACCCAGCCCAUCUCAUGGAUCCAGCCACUUCAGCAUAUUAUGCAGCCCUUUACAGCCAACAGAUGUAUGGAGCCGGGGCAGGGAUGCCCGCGGGUAUCCCAGCAGGGAUCCCUGGAUACGGCUUGGGUGGAGGAGGGGGAGGGGGUUUGAAUGCAGCCCUCCGUGGAAUGUCUCAAGGGGGUCACGGGAUGCCACCAACCACUCACGCGUCUGGAUUGGACCAACUCCAGGCUUCUGCACUCCAAGCCAUGUUAGCACGAGGUAGUUUGGGUGGAACUUCCUCUCCUGCCUCGAAUCCCUAUGCCAGUUAUGCUAGCCUUUUGGGACUACCGGGAUACGGGUUUCCCACCUCAAGGAAGGACUAAAUGUGAUUCGAAUUUGAAUGACCCACAUUCCCCUCGCUUUUAAAGAUGCUAUUAACAUGUCUAUAGUACUUUGAGUGUGAUAUCGACUCUAUAUGAUUUUUUUGGGCCGUGACCAAUUUCAGAAUUAUCUUCAUCUGCAAAAUUGUCAUUAUUAAUACUAAGUUCCCCGGUAGAAGGCUUUUAACUCUUUUGCAAUCUUUAGAACCGUCAACUCCUUAGAAUCCAGUACAAAGAUCGCCCGGCAAAUCGAAAGAAAGACGAUUAAGAUACUUUUCCAAAUACACAGGAGUUGGCCCAAGUCUUUCAUUGCUUGCAUGGUUCCAAUGAUCAUCCAAUAAAUGUUUGUGUGUUCCAAGCCAUACAUAUGGAAUAAAUGUCAUCUAAAUUUA